AUGCCGGGGUUCCAGGCCCAAGUUCCUGCUGGCGGGCUGCACCAACCGCCGCGGGGGUGCGGCGAGGGGCGGGCGGAGGGAGCGGCAGGAAUAACCAGGCAGCCCCUUGCAAGGAGGACUCCGCUUCGCGGGCCGCCCACCCGCGCCGAGCAGGGGCCUCCGAGCAGCCCUCCCGCGCCAAGCCGAGCCCGGCGCUCCCCGAUCCCAACGGAGCUGGUGCGGCAGAGGUUGGAACGGCCGACCCCGCCCCUACCGCGUCGGCCCCGCCCCCUUAUGAGGUUACAAAGUGCCGCGCUCCGAGCCACGGGCGCAGUGGCCGUGGCCGUGGCCGUGGCCAAGGCUCCAAUUUCGGCCGCCGCUCGGACUCGUCUGGCCGCCCACCCCCCGCUCACCGGGCCGUAGCCGCCCCCGCGCUCCCGUGCUCGGCGCGAAGCCCUGGCCCAGGCGGCGGGGGCACGGGCCAGGGGCGCGGGGUCAGGCGGCUUCACGCGGAGCCCUGACUGCACCGGCUUCGCCAUGAAGACCCUCAUAGCCGCCUACUCCGGGGUCCUGCGAGGCACUGGCUCCAGCAUCCUCUCCGCCCUCCAGGACCUCUUCUCCAUCACUUGGCUCAAUAGUUCCAAGGUGGAAAAGCAGCUACAGGUCAUCUCGGUACUCCAGUGGGUCCUGUCUUUCCUCGUGAUGGCUGGUGAAGACACACAACCUGCUGACCACCAGGAACUACAUCUUUGGAUACCACCCCCAUGGCAUCAUGGGCCUGGGUGCCUUCUGCAACUUCAGCACGGAGGCCACAGAAGUGAGCAAGAAGUUCCCCGGCAUAAGGCCCUACCUGGCUACGCUGGCUGGCAACUUCCGGAUUCCAGUGCUGCGGGAGUACCUGAUGUCUGGAGGCAUCUGCCCUGUGAACCGGGACACCAUAGACUACUUGCUUUCAAAGAAUGGGAGCGGCAAUGCCAUCAUCAUCGUGGUGGGGGGCGCGGCCGAGUCCCUGAGCUCCAUGCCCGGCAAGAACGCAGUCACCCUGCGCAAUCGCAAGGGCUUUGUGAAACUGGCCCUGCGCCAUGGCGACGUCUUAGACAUCUUCGGAACAUUGCUGCCCGGAACAUUGUUAAUAGGAAUGGCCAUCAACUCCUUGAUACCUACUUCACACUUCACUUGUGUAACACUGAAAAGGUAUAUAAAGAAUUUUAUAGGAGUGAAGUGAUUAAGAAUUCCUUGAAUCCAACAUGGCGGAGUCUUGAUUUUGGAAUAAUGCCAGACCAUCUCGAUACAUCUGUGUCUUGUUUCGUGGUGAAGAUUUGGGGUGGAAAGGAGGACAUCUACCAGCUGUUGAUUGAAUGGAAAGUCUGUUUGGAUGGGCUGAAAUAUUUGGGUCAGCAGAUUCAUGCCCGCAACCAAAAUGAAAUAAUUUUUGGGCUGAAUGAUGGCUAUUAUGGUGCUCCAUUUGAACAUAAGGGUUAUUCAGAUGCUCAGAAGAGUAUUCUUCUUCAGGUGGAUCAGAACUGUGUUCGCAAUUCUUAUGAUGUCUUCUCUUUGCUGCGGCUUCAUAGAGCCCAGUGUGCAAUUAAACAGACUCAGGUAACUGUUCAGAAAAUUGGAAAGGAAAUUGAAGAAAAACUAAGACUCACAUCUACAAGCAAUGAGCUGAAAAAAGAAAGUGAGUGCCUGCAAUUAAAAAUUUUGGUGCUUCGAAAUGAACUGGAAAGACAGAAGAAAGCUUUGGGACGGGAGGUGGCAUUACUGCAUAAGGAACAAAUUGCAUUACAGGACAAAGGAAGUGCAUUUUCGGCUGAGCACCUCAAGCUUCAACUCCAGAAGGAAUCCCUAAAUGAGUUGAGGAAGGAGUGUACUGCGAAAAGAGAACUCUUUCUGAAGACUAAUGCCCAGUUGACAAUUCGUUGCAGGCAAUUACUAUCUGAGCUUUCCUACAUUUACCCUAUUGAUUUGAAAGAGCAUAAGGAUUACUUUGUAUGUGGUGUCAAGUUGCCUAAUUCUGAGGACUUCCAAGCAAAAGAUGAUGGAAGCAUUGCUGUUGCCCUUGGUUACACUGCACAUUUGGUAUCAAUGAUUUCCUUUUUCCUACAAGUGCCCCUCAGAUAUCCUAUAAUUCAUAAAGGAUCUAGAUCAACAAUCAAAGAUAAUAUUAAUGACAAGUUGACUGAAAAGGAGAGAGAGUUUCCAUUAUACCCAAAAGGAGGGGAGAAGUUGCAGUUUGAUUACGGUGUCUAUCUUCUGAACAAAAAUAUAGCACAGCUAAGAUAUCAACAUGGACUAGGGACUCCAGACUUGAGGCAAACCCUCCCUAACCUGAAAAACUUCGUGGAGCUCGGACUAAUGGUCAGGUGUGACAGACAUCACACCUCCAGUGCAAUCCCUGUUCCAAAGAGACAAAGCUCCAUAUUUGGGGGUGUAGAUGUAGGCUUCUCUGGGGGGAUGCCUUCACCAGACAAAGGACACCGGAAACGGGCCAGCUCAGAGAAUGAGAGACUCCAGUACAAAACCCCUCCCCCCAGUUAUAGCUCAGCAUUAGCCCAGCCUGUGACCACCGUCCCCUCCAUGGGAGAAUCUGAGAGAAAGACAACAUCUCUGUCUUCCUCCUUGGACACCUCCUUGGACUUCUCCAAAGAAAACAAGAAAAAAGGGGUAAAUCUGGGUGACAGCUUCCAUGGAGGCCAUGUGAGUGUGAACACGAGCCAGGAACAGGGACAAGCCCUCCCGGGGCCUCCAGCCACAGUCAACGGCACUCUCCUGCCCAGCGAGCAGGCCGGCUCCUCCAGCGCCCAGCUUCCGGGGGGAUUCCACCCGGUCUCCGAAGCCGAGCUCUGCUGUACUGUGGAGCAAGCAGAAGAGAUCAUCGGGAUGGAAGCCACAGGCUUCACCACAGGCGAUCAGCUGGAAGCAUUUAACUGCAUCCCCGUGGACAAUGCCGUGGCAGUGGAGUGUGACGAACAAGUUCUGGGAGAAUUUGAAGAAUUCUCCCGAAGGAUCUAUGCACUGAACGAAAAUGUAUCCAGCUUCCGCCGGCCACGCAGGAGUUCUGAUAAGUGAAGCGAGCGGACAGACAGUAGGACCAGGAUAGAGUCACUGCUUGAAACGAGGAUAAAGCUGCACUGGUUACCCUUUGUAAUAAUUAUGACACAAAAUGAAUAUUAAUGGAGGAUAUUCCUCAGAAAAAUAGACUUUGUGAAUCGAGGAGGGACUCAGGAUCAUUGUGUAUCAGUGGGCCAAAGUUAGAUUUUGCUUGCAAGAUUUGCUUUUCAGGCCUGACAUUUAUUUUAAGGCAGCUCUAGUCACCUUAUAGGCAUUUGUCUGCUUUUUUAUUUACACUUCUGUGUUAUCCUCAGAGGGAAGAUGAUAAUAUAUAAAUAAUAUAAUGAAUUUGUCUUUAGUUUCUUAUAAGCAUUUGCCCUCACCAUAGUUUAUGAAACUUUGGGAAAAUUGAAUAUUCAGUAAAAGGUCUCCACCAUCCACUGAAGGAUCUUUGGCCAUGCAUUAAGUUGAUGAAUAAGAAGCACAAUGGUCUCCUUAUACCCAGGCCCACCUGCCCCUGCUCCCAGACUCUACAGUCAACCUAGCUAUCGCCCCAUCUGCACAGUAGAUACCUUGUGCAUCCUGACAACCGAGGACGCCACAUUUGCUGGUUCUUUAAUGAAGUUGCCAUGACCUUCCACCUCUUCCAGUCAACCAUACCCUUGAUGCAGCCCUCAGAUGAUAGGAAAGACCUCACCUCUGGUGGAUCCCAGGGGAUCCUCAAGGACCCCCCCCGAGGUUACUAUAGUCAGAUGGCAUGCAGUUCCCUCUGGGGGCCAAAGUUACGUGGGAAGAGGCUAUUGUCAAAAGCUGGGUGUGCUUUCUGGCAACACACCCACCAUAUAGAAAUCCCUAUAUGUAAACCCCAUGUUAAUUUAUUAAAUUUCAGUUGGAAAGGAAGGCAUUGUGUAUGAUGAAAUAUGUGUAGAGAGUCAGGCUGUCCAGUGUGCAAACUGCAAGGCAGUUGAGGUAGUUAGAUUAAGAGACUAGAUGAGGCAUAGAAUACUAUCGGUUUGUGUGCAAUUGCAUAGAUAUUAAAUUAUGUUUUUGAAGUACAUUUUCAUUCCUGGAGCUCAGAUAUCAUUUGCUAUUGCUAUAUACUUUAUAUACCCAAGGACAUCGCCUCAGGGUUGCAAGCUCUUUAAGGAAAUUUUAUGCUUAUAUCCGUGUAUUGUAUAGAAGAAUAAAAAUUGAGUUUACUUCA